GUUUAGAAAUCACAAAACUUGUAAGAAAAUGCUCGCUGAAAAGAUAAGGCAACUUACCCUGUUACUAGAAAAACAUGAACUAGAGGCGCCCGGUGGAAUCGUAUCCAUACAGCUAUAUUCGGAACUAUUUGCGGCCUAUCUUUACCAAAAUGAUCUGGCAAGUGCACGGUUUCUAUGGAAACGGAUUCCCCAGAACAUGAAGACCGGAAAUGUGGAGCUCGAACAGAUGUACAAAGUGUACGUAGCGCUGUGGAAUAACAACACGGCUGGGUUUUAUAAGGCCAUCAACCACGACUGGUCCAAACACGUGUCGGAGUUGAUGUUUGAGCUGAAGGAAAAAUUCCAACAGGAAACGAUCGCCCUUAUCGGCCGAGCUUAUAGUUCCAUCUUCGAGAACGUGUUCGCCGAAAUGACCAACCAAACGCCGGACAUGAUUGAGGACACCUGUAAAUCGCUGAAAUGGGAAAUCGUUCCAGGAUCAUAUCCCCGUCUAAUAAUUCCGAAGCGAACGGUCGAGGAUAAACCGAUCAUGGUCAGCUCGGAAGCACAGUUGCACAGGUUGACCGACUUUGUGUCGUUCCUCGAGAACUGA